UAAUAGUUCGCUUGUUCAAGAGUAUUUACUUUAAACUAAGAACAAUUAUAUUUUUCAUAUAUAUCUUCUUGUGCAACUAAUUAAGAAUCAAGUAGAAGAAAUAUGGGAGUACAAGGCACUUUGGACUAUUUCUCUACUUUACUAAGCAGCACCAAAAAGAAGAAGAAGAAGCAAACUCAAACGGUGGCUCUCAAAAUCAGAAUGGACUGUGAAGGUUGUGCUCGCAAGGUUAAACAUGUCCUUUCCGGUGUUAAAGGAGCUAAGUCGGUCGACAUAGAUUUAAAGCAGCAGAAGGCAACUGUGACCGGAUACGUUGAGCCAAAGAAAGUUUUGAAGGCUGCUCAGUCAACAAAGAAGAAGGUUGAGUUGUGGCCAUAUGUUCCGUACACAAUGGUGGCUCAUCCUUAUGUCUCUGCUGCCUAUGAUAAGAAGGCACCUCCCAAUAUGGUUAGAAAGGUUGCUGACACCGCCAACAUAACGGAAACCACCGUUGACGACGGCUACAUCCAAAUGUUUAGUGAUGAAAACCCAAAUGCUUGUUCAAUCAUGUAAUAUACUGCUAUAUAUUAUCCAAACUAAGAUUUUAUUUUUCUA